GACUAGAAGCGCUGAAACCAGGAGUAUAGAAGCUGCGUAGAAGCUGCUUAAAACAAUAAAGAAACUAAAUAAAUAAAUUAGUUAAAGUUUAACCUAACAGAAGGUUACAUUUUAAACGACUAAAAUAUUUGUUUUGUGCUGGGGGAAAAACAUUUCACGAAAUGUCAGUCGUGGGUGGUCUGCCUUUCCUCAAACCUAACCACCUGCGGGCUCCAAUCUCUCCUGGCCGCCAGCGCCGACAUACACUCCCAGCCAGCGAGUUCCGCUCACUUAGCCCGGAGGACGCUAUCAGCGUGUUCGAAAUUGAGAGGGAAGCAUUUAUUUCUGUGUCGGGAGAGUGUCCCCUUCACCUUGAUGAGGUGCGUCACUUCCUCACCCUCUGCCCCGAACUGUCCUUGGGCUGGUUUGAAGAGGGACGACUGGUGGCCUUCAUUAUUGGAUCACUGUGGGACCAGGAGAAGCUAAAUAUGGACGCACUGACUCUACACAAGCCCCACGGCACCACAGUGCACAUCCACGUGCUGGCUGUCCACCGCACCUUCCGGCAGCAGGGCAAGGGCUCCAUCAUAAUGUGGCGCUACCUGCAGUACCUGCGCUGCCUGCCCUAUGUGCGCAGGGCCGUGCUGAUGUGCGAGGACUUCCUGGUGCCCUUCUACCAAAAGUCCGGCUUCAAGGUGCAAGGUCCCUCCGACAUCACCGUGGGCCCCCUGACCUUCAUCGAGAUGCAGUACGCCGUGCGGGGACACGCCUUCAUGCGACGCAACAGCGGGUGCUGAGACUGGCCCGCACGCGUGCCGGGCAAACGGAGCGGACGGCUGUCACAGAUUUCGGGGGAACGUACAGCUUCUCGUUGGCAUGGGCUACAGUCAUGUGUGUGUGUGUGGCUACCUGUUUCUCUGUGUUGUACGGCAGAGUAGUUCUCAUGCCUUUUGAAUGUUAUGGAAGUUAGAUGACCCCCCCACAGAGACUGGAAUGGUCUCACCCCACUACUUGCUCUCUUUGAGAGACAUUGGAAAUCAUAGCUCGUGUGUUAAAUUAAAUUUGUUGCUGCUUCAUGGUUUACCUUACCCCAUCACUAGGCAUUCCAGUUUCUCACAGCCAUAAUCAUGUUUUCAGUUUAUUCAAAAUAUUACAGAUGCUCAUUACUUCGGGUAAUACUUAAAGGUUUAAAGGUAAUCAUUUUAUCAUUGUUUCUUAUAACUUAUUUGUCUUUUUAUAUCUUGU